AUGACGUCCCGAGCCAGCGACGUGGCAGCAUGGGGAGCCCGGCAUCAGGCCCUGGCGCAGGAGCGACUUGUCCUCUUCGAGCAGCUCGCCAACCGGUCGCGCGACCAAGCAGCCCGCAUCGAAACCUUAACGGCGGAGGUCUCGGCCCUCGAGCAGCAACUCGCCUCCUGUGUGCCUCCAUUUGUACCUCCGUCGCCCCCACCGCUGUCCCUGGUACCGCUGUCUCUCGCUCGCCAUAACACAUCCCACCCGACGGACGCCAUGCCUCUGUGCCUGGACACGACGCAUCUUGCCGAAGACGUGAUUGCAUCGAGCCUUGUAGUGGCCGGCAUCGGCUUCCUUGUGGCCGCACUGCAGCGCCACCGGCGUCCGCCUCCUGCUGCUGUCGCCCGCGAGCUCUGUCACCGCGAGCGGCAUCGCCACUGCAUCCAGCUGCGACUCCAGCACUCGGCACUGCACAUUUUCAACCGCAGUCGCGUCGACCUCGAUCUAACCGGCUGCGUCGUCCAAACACGCGACGACCUUGAUGGCUACGUCCUCCGCUUUGCCUUUCCGUCGGGCUUUCUUUUGGCGGCCGCGACCUCGGUUGGUCUCUGCUAUGGCGAUGCCUACUUCCAGCGCCGGUCCAAAGGCGCACCGCUGGACUCGCGCACGAGUGCGUGGCUGCAGUGGACGACGCGCGACACGUGGCUCGCGGCGGCGCAGGCGAUUUCGCUCUGGGACGCACAAGAGCAUUGCAUUGCGGAGCUUAAUCUGACACCGCGAUUGUAG